CCAAGAUUCGGGGCGUAAGGGAGAUCUUGACGCGCGAAACCCGCUCAAUCAUGCUAAAAUGCGCACCUCGUCAACCAUUCCUGCCCUUUUCUACCCUUUAUGCUGCAGAGCAGAGUCCCUCUUCUUGUCUUGUGAUUACUUCAAUUCUUCUUCUUCUUCUCAACUCCUUUUCACGUCGCAGCCAGAAAGUGAAACAUUAUUAGGAAAAGAGAGAGCUGUAGCAUAUAUAAAUAGUUCUUGUUAGCUAGAGAGAGAUUCAUGGAGGAUGGAAAGUUUCAAAAUGGAGGUGGGUUAGGUGUUAAAGUGAUGACUGAUGAGCAAAUGGAGAUGCUGAGGAAACAAAUUUCUGUUUAUGCCACUAUCUGUGAGCAGCUUGUUGAGAUGCACAAGGCUCUCUCUGUCCACCAGGAUUUUGCUGGCAUGCGACUUGGGAAUCCAUACUUUUGCGAUCCAUUACUGUCAUCUUCUGUCCACAAGAUAGGGUCGAGGCAGCGGUGGACUCCAAAACCAGCGCAACUUGAAAUCCUUGAGCAGAUUUUCAAACAAUGCAAUGCGACUCCAGGCAGGCAGAAGAUCAAAGAUAUAACCAAGGAACUUGCACAACAUGGCCAGAUUUCUGAAACAAAUGUCUAUAAUUGGUUCCAAAAUAGGAGAGCUCGUUCAAAAAGAAAGCAAUCAGCUUUACUACCAAACAGUGGAGAAUCUGAAGUAGAGACAGAAAUUGAGCCUUUUAAAGAGAAGAAGACCAAGCCAGAAGACAACCAACCUGAUGAAGACGCCACCCCAGUGUCCGACCACAUGUACUUGCAUAGCCCAGACAUAGGAAUAGACCAGCUGGUUGGGAAAAUGGAAUCCCCGGGGAGCUGUAUUCCUUACUGGCAGCUGGAGCAAUAUGACUUGUUUGGAUGAUGUCUCCUCCAGAAUUGCAGAGAUGCUCUAGUAGAAGCUUGUCGAGUUUAAGGAUGAUGAUUGAUGACAAUAUAAGAGAAAACGUUUAUACAGUCAGACAUAACAUGGUGAGCAGUUUGGUACGCGAAAAACUUAUAUUCGCAAUGGUUAUUAAGGGCUAGGUCUAUUGUUGUGGCAUACAUUUUACUUGAUUGGGUCAUUAUGAUUCUAUAGUGCCCAGACUAUAUGCAUCUUGUGCAAAAAUCGACUGAUCUAAUAGGAUCUGAGGCUUAUGAUAGCUGCUAUUAUAAAUCUAAAUGACAUGUAUCUUCUAUA